UGCUGGGAAAAGAGCAGGAGGAGGAGGAAGAGAGAAGGAUGAGAAAGAGGAGGAAGAGAUGACGCCACCAGAGGCUGCAGAGAUGCUAACAGCUCCGACACAUAAAACACUAAUGGGGUGUUAACAGCAUCCACAGACAGAGAGACAGUCAGACAGACGGGCAGGCAGGCAGACAGACACCAAAAGAGGUUGAUGCUGGCAGCUCUCGCACACACACAGCUGCAUUGCAGCUAGCUACUCUUGGUAUACUGUUGAGAGAAGGCUAAUCUGCUGACACACAAACACACACACACGAAGCAAUGUGGCACCCACAACUCCUGAUUGGACAUUUGUGUGUGAACAGGUCCAGAUGUAGUCACAGCCCAGGUUCAUAUACAGCUCACUGAGGGGGCGGAGCCCACAGCUGGGAUCAUGUCAAAGCGUGGAGCGGGAGGGAGGGGCAAGGGAGAGCGCCCGGACACCAUGGCAUCCCUUCAGGCAGCUAAUGAGGAGCUAAGAGCAAAACUAACGGAUAUCCAGAUUGAACUGCAGCAGGAAAAGAGCAAGGUGAGCCGUCUGGAGAGGGAGAAGAGUCAAGAGCUCAAAGCAGAGCAUCACCGGGCAAUGGUGACUGUGACCGAACUCAAGACCAAACUCCACGAGGAGAAGCAGAGAGAGCUGGCAGUUACCAGGGAGACGUUACUAAGGCAACAUGAGAUGGAGCUGAUGAGGGUCAUCAAGAUCAAAGAUGGAGAAAUCCAACGACUAAACGGUCUGGUGCUGACGCUACGAGAUGGAUCCACAGACAAGGUGAGGAGCUCCCUGAUGGCAGAGGUGGAGGAGGCCAGGCGGAGCUGGGAGGCAGAGCGUGUUCGUCUGCAGCAGGAGGUUCAGGAGCUGCGAGCAUCAAAGAAGAGUACAGAAGAAGUCCUGACACUGGCUCAGCAGGCAUGCCAGGCCCGUACAGCUGAGCUCCGGUCAGCUCACAACCAGCACCAGGAAGAGCUCAACCGGACCAAGCGGGACUGUGAGAGAGAGAUCCGCCGCCUGAUGGAUGAGAUAAAGCUGAAGGACAGAGCUGUCAGUGUUUUGGAUAAAGCCCUGGGGCUGCAGGCGGGACACGCCCACCGCCUCCAGCUGCAGACUCAGGCUGCCGAGCAGCAAAUUGCAGCCCUAAGAGAUGCUCAGAGAGCCAGGCUAAACCAGAGCACCAAUAGCCCCUCACCUAACCACACUCCCUCAAUUUCGCAGGAGGACCGCGACAUGCGCCGCUUUCAGCUGAAGAUUGCUGAGCUGAGCGCUGUCAUCAGGAAGCUCGAAGAUCGAAACGCUCUGUUGUCCGAAGAACGCAAUGAGUUGCUAAAGCGUCUACGGGAGACAGAAAGUCAGUUUCUUCCUCUUCUGGACAAAAACAAACGUCUGAGCAGGAAAAACGAAGAGCUGGCGCUUGCUCUACGUCGUCUCGACAACAAACUAAGAUUUGUUACCCAAGAGAACAUGGAGAUGGUAACUAUGAGAAGACCGAGCUCACUAAAUGACCUGGACCGCAGCCAGUCUACCAGUUACCAUGGUUACACCCAAGAUGAGAGAGAGAUGGAGUUUCUGAGGUUACAGGUGGUUGAGCAGCAGCACGUCAUUGACAACCUGUCCAAGGCUCUGGAGACAGCCGGAUAUGUAAAGACUGUAAUUGAGAGAGACAUGCUGCUGCGACACAGACGUCAAGAGUCUGUGAGAAGGAGGAGGAGCUUCAGAGCCUGCAGGGUCAUAGAGACAUUUUACGGUUACGACGAAGAGGCGUCCGUAGAUUCUGAUGGGUCGUCUUUGUCCUUCCACACUGAUAAAACUCCUGACACGGAGCCGGACGAGAGCUGUGCACGUGAGGACACAGAGCUGCGCUACCGUCAGCUGACUCAAGAGUAUCAGGCAUUGCAACGAGCGUAUGCUCUGCUGACCGAAACAAGUGGAGGCCCAUGUGACCCUGAGAAAGAGAUCAAGACCAGAGAGCAGCUGAUGAGUGAAAUCAGGCGAUUUCAGAGUCGAGUGUCUGAUCUGGAGUCGGCGCUGACACAACAAGGACUGGACGUCACAUGGGUGGAGGAAAAGCAGGCACUUUUUCAAAGGAAUCAAGAGCUGGUGGAGAAGGUACGGCACAUGGAGGGAGAAGAGAUGCGGCUGAAAAACGACAUCCAGGACAUCAGAGACCAGAAUGAAUUACUGGAGUUUAGGAUCUUGGAGUUGGAGGAGAGGGAGCGCCGCUCACCUGGACUGAACUUUCAACCGCUGCACUUUCCAGAAGGUCUCAGUCCUCUGCAGAUCUACUGUGAGCUUGAAGGAGUCACUGACAUUGUGAUCAGCGAGCUGAUGAAGAAGCUGGACAUACUAGGCGAUAACGCCGUAAGUAAUCUGUCCAAUGAGGAGCAGGUGGUGGUCAUCCAUGCCAGGACAGUCCUCACUCUGGCAGAAAAGUGGCUUGAGUCAAUUGAGGUUACAAAGACGGCUUUGCAGCAGAAGAUGCUGGACAUCCAAAAUGAGAAGGAUCUGUUCAGGAAGCAGAAAGGAUACCUGGAUGAGGAGCUUGACUACAGAAAGCAGGCCAUGGAUCAGGCCCAUAAGAGGAUCUUGGAGCUGGAAGCCAUGCUGUUUGAGGCUCUGCAGCAGCAGGAGGGGUCCAGGAUGGGGGACCUGAAGGUGGAGGAAGGCCGACUGUGCGACACGCUCACGGAGGAAGAGAGGGGUGGGCUGAAAAAAGCCAUGGACCAAUGGAAAAGAGCGGUCAUGUGCGAGCUCAGAGAAAGAGAUGCCCAGAUCCUCCGGGAGAGGAUGGAGCUGCUGCAGCUCACCCAGCAGAGAAACAAGGAGCUGGAGGAGUUCAUAGAAGCACAGAAACGACAGAUCAAAGAGCUGGAGGAGAAGUUCCUGUUUCUCUUUCUCUUCUUUUCUCUGGCCUUCAUCCUCUGGUCCUAAAUGCUGCAGACUGCAGCCCUUCAGGGACCAGCAGCUGAACAACUCUUUAACCAAACCGGGUCAGCUCAGUUUGGUUCAGACCGCCUCCCAGAGAGAUUCUGAGGGUUUCUAAUCAGCGACACCAACUGAUGCCUUGUGCCUUCGCCGGUGUUGGACGUGGACCUCUCGGCGGUCUUUGGCACGGAUGUGUCUCACCAUCCCAGACCACCACUGUGCUGACCAGCAGGUGAAGGUUCGGCAGCAAAGGCCCACCACAGGAGGUUCUGCCAAAGGACACAUCGGGGACCAAUGCUGUGCUGGACGGUGCUCUAAGGGUCUCGGAUGUUAAACAUCGGGAUUCAUGCAGGUCUCUCAGAUGAUUACAAAGCGUGCAGCAGGACUCUGAGCUCUGAUUGGCCGAGUGAGACUUAAGAAAAUGCUAACAGAACAUUAAACCAACACGGGUUGUUUACUGAAGGAGGAAACCUCAUACCACGAGGAGUUACCUGCUAAUGUCACUAAGAAAAUCCCAAACCGCGGUUCUGAACAUUCACACAUGAAGGUGCUACAUUUUAGAGACACGUCAACUUAAUUCAUCUUUACACAAAAGCUAACAGAUCCCCGGUGACCCGCUUCAGAAGAUCACGGCUCUCCAGAUUUAGAAGAUCUCGACUGAUAACCUGCUUCCAGAAGAAAGAUGCAGGUCCGUGUUGUUCUGACUGAUUAACUAUCAUCUGGGAUUCCCCCCCCCAUCACAUUUUGUGGAUCUUUUUACCCCAAAGUGGACCAACAUGCUGGCACUUCAGAACCCCCCCACCCAAAAGCUGUCAAAGUGUUUCAUUGGUGUUUGACGCCCCGCAUGUCAUGGUUCCUCUUCAGGUUCAUGAGGUCCAGCGUGAGCACCUGAACCAGGUGUGUGUGGUUUCUGCUUUCAGCGCCUCCUCUCUGUUCAAAGACGGAUGCCAACGAUGGACUUUUUAUUCCAGAUGAUAUUUUUCUAUGCCUGCUGUGAGUUAACACGUGAGGAGUUGGUUCAUCCCAUUAAAGCAGCUGAAAUGUG